AUGAAAGAAGACGGUCCUCUCCCAAAUAGCGGUGCUUACAAUACGCUAAUCCGGGCAUAUCUUAGAGAUGGUGACAAAGCCGCAUCAGCAGAACUCAUCAACGAAAUGAAGAGCUGCGGGUUUUGCUGCAGAUGCUUCCACCUUUGGCUUGAAAGCUUGGUCACAACAUCUCACUCACCAUUGUUUCUCUCUGUCUUUCUUGCUGUCAUUGGUUUUAGUUUCAUGCAAGUUUCUCCAAGCAACUUCGUCUACCUUUUCUUGAAGAAGCUAGAGGCUAUGAUAAGUAAGGAGGAACUACAAAAGGCAGAGGCAAUGUUGGUGGAUCUGCAGAUGAGUGAGAUAAAUCCAGAUACGUGUGCACCAUGA